UCUGCAGGACAUGCUUAUCGUUUGUUUAUCCAUGUUCCUCCACUAACAACCAGCGAGGUUGGCAUAUAGAUGCGCAGAGACUGGCAUACUGCUCCACUCAGGAGCUCUCUAUGACAGAAAGCAGAACAGCAGAUUACUUACAGUUGCAUGAGAGUUACAUGUUAGGAAGUUUAAAUUUGGUUGCUAUUAGAUUUAGAGAGGGGGUUUUGGUUUAAGGGCAAAUUUUGCUCUUUGUUUUUUAGUGUCAAACGCUGUCAUUUUUGUGGAGAAGCAGCUUCUCCUUUUAUUUGAUUAGUUGUUGACUUUUCAUCCCUCCACUCAGAAGUUGCUUUUUUUGCCACCAUGUGGGAGUUCAGGUCCAUGUCUUUCUGGCGGGCAGUGUUUGCUGAGUUCUAUGGCACAAUGUUCUUUGUAUUCUUUGGGCUGGGGGCGGCCCUCCGCUGGACCACCGGGCCCUACAAUGUUCUUCAUGUUGCCUUUUGCUUUGGUUUGGCGGCCGCAACCUUCAUCCAGUCUAUUGGCCACAUCAGUGGAGGACACAUCAACCCGGCCGUUACCUUUGCCUACCUGAUUGGCUCUCAGAUGUCCUUGUUCCGUGCUUUCUUCUACAUCAUUGCCCAGUGUCUUGGAGCGCUGGCUGGUGCUGCUGUGCUCUACGGUGUCACACCCGGCAACAUGAGGGGAAACCUGGCCCUGAACACGCUGCAGCCAGGCAUCAGCUUGGGCAUGGCCACUACAAUGGAGAUUUUCCUCACCCUCCAGCUUGUCGUCUGCAUUUUUGCUGUGACAGACGAGAGACGCAAUGGACGCCUGGGCUCUGCUGCUCUGGCCAUUGGCUUCUCUGUGCUCAUGGGGCAUCUUCUUGGGAUGUACUACACUGGAGCUGGAAUGAACCCAGCAAGGUCCUUUGCUCCAGCUGUUCUGGUCAGGAAUUUUGUCAACCACUGGGUGUACUGGGUGGGCCCUAUGAUCGGUGGUGCCAUGGGUGCCUUGCUGUAUGACUUCAUGCUGUUCCCCCGUUUCCGUGGUCUUUCCGAGAGGCUCGCCACACUGAAGGGUGCCCGGCCCCCUGAGGCUGAGGGCCAGCAGGAGACCAGGGGAGAGCCCAUUGAGCUCAAGACACAGGCCCUAUAAGCCUGGAGUUGGAAGAUUGGCUUUCUGAACCGCACCCCACCAUUGCCUCCCCAUCCCUCACCUGUCAUGCCUCACUCUGCACCCUCAGUUCCUGGUCCAUCCUCAGCCCACACACUGUUUUUGCACACAUACCUCCUCCCUGCCUCCUCAUAUGCUAACAUAGAUCCCAAACAUUUUGUUUUCCUUGUUCUGCAUCUAGAACUGGACCUCCUGAUUUACAGUGAAGGGGCACCCACAGCCCUGAUCAUCCUUUUUGAUUUCACCACUACCCAUCCUACAUUCUCUUCUUCCCCCCUUGGAAUACAGGACAAAGAUGGAGGGUUGGAAGAAGACUUGCCACUGAGGGAAGCACCCUGUGCCCUGUGGUGUGGGGAGUCAGUCAUUCCUGGCUGACCAGGUGGCUAUAACUGCUCAGGACAGGGGCUGCUAUCUCUAUCUUUCCUUUCCUUUCCUUCCCUUUCUCUCUCUUUUCUGUUUUUUUUUCCCUCCCUGUAUUGUAGUCUGCUAGGAGUGAAGCUACAGUAGAGCAGUGGACUUCUGCAUGCUUUUUUCCAUUUUGAUCCAGUGUGAUCUCGCCCUUUGUUUGUUUUGUUCCAUGAACUUUGGGUAAAUUACAUGUAGGUAUUGUACUUAAGUAUUUAUUUGGCUUAUAAUCUUUUUUUCGCUGUAUGUGUGAGUGCAUGCGUGAUAAGGAGUGAGAGAAAGCGUGCUUGCAUGUCUGUGUGCACGUGUAUGCUUGUGUUUUUGUUUUAUUGAUCAUUUUUAUUUUUCACUUCUCAUUGCCAACAUCCUUUGUUUGUGCUCUGAUUUUUCUUUUAAUUUAUUUUGCCAGCUUUUUAGGGAACGAUGUUCCCUACUGCCCUUGCUGAAACCACAAAAGUUCAAUACACCAGUUCAAUCAAUUCCAUGUUUAGAGUGAUCCUUUUUUUUUUUUUUUUAAAUUGUAAAUGAAGAUAAUUAGUUUUAGUCCAGCCAGAUCCAGAUUUGCUUCUCAUCUAGUGAAGCACACACACACAUACACACACAUUCAUAUUUGUAUUAAAAUAAACAGCAGCAACACCCAAUAUUAUUUGCUCUUUUAUAAAUUACAGUUAAGAUUGCAAAUCCACAUGUUAUUUUAGCACCCAAGUAUGCUAACCAUUUUUUUUUAAGCGGGAAAUCAGCGAGUUUAAAUAAUCUAUACCAUAACCCUAAACAGCUUCUUGAGAAGUUGUUUUGGAUGGUGACUUCCUGAGAUAAUUUUGUUCUCAGAGCUUUAAAGCAGCUUUCAUCAGCGAUUCGUGUACAGGUGUGUAAUACUGGUUUUGCUUUUACCUUUGCGUGUCUGCCAUGGUAAAACAAAGAAAGCAAACCUGACAGGAACAAGCGUUUUCUCUUUGGGCCGUGUUGUUUGACAUGACUGAAGGGUCGCUGUACAUCAGCUUGAGGUUAGAAAUGAAAGAGUGCAUGAGGUGUGGUGGCUUCUUGCUGGUGUUCGCAAACACCUGGUGACUUCUCUUUUCUGAACUGUGCUGGGUGGCUCUUAAGGAGUGAGAUCAUUUCACUGGACAAGGCCCUCGGAUAUUUUGAAGGAGAGAGACGGUCAUGGUACGGCGACUGAACUCUUUAGUGUGUUUGUACAGGGCGGCGGAUGUACGCUUUUAUUUUCAUACAGUCUACACAUGAGAGAAUGAACUUUGAAGUUGAAUCGGCCUGGUGUCCCCUCUCUCUUCCAUCCCUCCUUCGUUCACCCUACCUCCUCCUUUCAUUCGCCAGGCAGCCAUCCUGUUCUUCUCUCCUGAGGGAACAUCUUCAGCUGCUGGGAUGGAGGGAAGGGGGCAAGGUACUGAGAUAAAUUAGUUACAAAUUUCACCAGAGCAGUUAUUGAACCAGACAUGUAAGCUGAUUCUCUCUGCUUCUUCAACAUAAUCUUUUUGUGUGUGUGUGAUUUCCCUGGCAGUGGUUGAGUAGAAUUUACAUUUUAAUGACCUGUUGAAAUUAGAAUUUGUUUUCUAAUGGGAAAAAAAGCUUUGUGAUGUACAGUGUAUAGUGUUCUUCUUUUUUUUUUUUUUUUUUUAAAUUUCAUGACUAUUGAAACUGGACAGAUAGGGAAUAUAAUAUGCUAGCUAUACAAUGUGUCCUCUUUGGCUGACAGAUUAUGGAAGUGAUGCCAGUUAUGUUGUGCAGCAAUAUGCUUUCAUUCAGUGGAUGGCCUUUAUGGUAACAGGCAUACCUUCCCAAUUAUUGAUUAUUUUUAUAUGUCAAAAAAAAAAAUCAGAAAAUUAAGUUUACAACUCCUGUUUUGUCUCCUUUCUUUUAGAGUAAGUGUAAAAAAAUAUAUAUAUUGGAUUUAGGUAUACAGCUUCAGAUAGUAUUUACCAAAGAAAUAAACCUUAGAUUUAUACAGCAACUCUCCCAUAUAGUACAUAACACAUUUCUCACACUCAAACUAAGUAAUCAUUUUCAUAAACAAAUCAGAUGAAAUUAUGUGUGUACCACAGUAGCACUAAAAGCUACAGUUCAUCUGUCUGCAGCUGCCUGUACUGAAAACUAUCCUCCAAUGUGCAGUUGCAUUCCUGGAUCUUGACUUAAGGGAGAAAUGACCAAUUUCUUGUAAAUAAAAUCAAACAAAUAUUUUUGGCUAUUU